AUGGACUCCGCAGCGCUUCCUGACAUCUCUUCACCGAAAGUCACAGGGCAAAGCGGGGCCGACGAGUCCAGAGGUGGGGAUACGCUUUCUAUCGGGGAGCUCCACACGCUCCCUGAACUCCCGACCUCCAGUGACCCACCCACCAUGGUUGUUAAGGACUCACGGGCGAUUUUGAAAAGAUACGUGGCUCGAAAUCGACCCAGUCCCCAACACUUAGCAGCUCGUGAGCGGAUGUAUUUUCCUGGCUGGGACACUCGCCUGCCCACAUCCAAGCCCAGAGAGCAGCCGCGCAUGCGUCGUGCAGAAGCAGCUCCCGUCCACCUGCCUCCUCUGGAGUCCACGUCCAAGUCCUCCCCGCAGUUAACCAAGGAUGUGAAUCCAACGCUCAGUCCUCCCAAACGACUGUUUUCCAUCAAAGCCAUGACACAGCGGGACGCCGCAGUGCCAGUUUACCAGUACAGCCAGAAAGAGAUGGUGAUCGUCAACCAGACCGGGGUGUUCUCGCUGCACGACGACGAGGUGGAAGUCACAAGCCUCGAAUGCUGGGAGAAGAAUUAUGAGAAGUCCUGCAAGAUGCUCAGGAUCCCCUUCUUUGCUCGCUUCAAAAUGUGGAAGCCAUUUUAUGUCUGGCGUAAGAACAUCCGCGAGAAGAAGAUGCAUUUGGCCCGAGAGUUCCUCCAAAAGAAUUUGUUUCUUGUCAAUCCGACUCUAAGGCCUGCGCUCUUAGAUAUCAACAAAAUGUGUUUCCAACUUCAAGUGACACGCUUGUGUCAUCUGAAGAAGAAGCACACGUACACACUGCAGGGGUUCAUGGACACGCAGUCCCGACAACUCAAGGAGGUACUCAGUGACCUGGAGAAGUUUCAAGAGCUGGUGAAGGAGGUGACAUCCUGUGCAUGUCGACACCUACUGGAAACCUCAUCGACGUCUGGCGAUACACAUAAUCCUCGGGAAAAGCUGUAUCUUGAAAUGAUCAACUUUGAGUUUUUCUCCAAUCGCCUCAUCUGCUUCAUUCAUGUGGUUGACUGUUUGGUUCUCCACACCCUGCACGGCCUGGUGCUGAACACAGCCCAGGAAUUCCUGGCUGAGUUUCAGGAGCAGGCAGGUCAAACUCCCAGUCAGGCCAUUAUUGAAAGCUGGAGCCUCCACUCUGAGGAAGCCUCCGACUCAACCCAACAAAAGGUCACUGAGAAGUCUUCCGAGUCUGACGCUCCACUCCCGCAUCCCGUCUUCAUGUGUGAAAUGACUCUCGAGGGAAAUGCUUUAACCUACAAACCAUCUGAGGAAAACUUUCAGGAGAGCGUGGCAGGAAUCCUCAGCUUGCUGGAGAACACCGUCAUGUCCGUCAGGACUCUUUCCGCCGAUCCUGACGUCAAUUCACUGGUCGACUUUGGAAAGCUCAAGGCUGCAAAGUUGCUUCUCCCUACUUCAACCUGUCAGAAAACAUAUGACAAUCGCACUUCGAUGGAGUUUGUCCUUGACAAUGACAGCCACCUUCAGACCAUCAAACAAAAUAUUAAGGAAUCGCUCCAGGUCACCUUCGAUGCAGCGAGAGUGUACUCGUGCACAUUCGGGCGUUUUGCUGUGUUCCUAAAAGAGAUUGAAAGCCUGGAUUUGGAGGCAAUGCGGCGAGAGGAUCAUGAUUUGUCCUUCUUUGAAAAAGUGCUGGAGUUAUACAACAGCCGGCUGAAGGAGGUCUCGGCGGUUCAAGAGAGGAGACGCCUUGGCUUGCUGCUCGUGGACAAUACUCAGCUCAAAAAGAAACUCGUGGCCGCUCACGUCUCUUGUUUGGAGGUCUUCAAUGAGAUGCUCACGCAGCUGGCUAAGAAGAAGCUGGACGCCGUCAUUGCCGAAGUUUGUGAAGCUCAGUUUAAACUGGCGUCUCGACCCUCCACCACAGAGGAGUGGGCCAACGCGCUCAUGUUCCUGGAUGAGAUCAACGAGAGGAUUACUGUACUUGAAGGGGAGCAGGAGACUAUAAAUAAAUUCUACAGUUUGAUCGACAUGUACUCCAUUCCGACUCCACCUGAGGAUCUUGUGGUUUUUGGCACAUUGGAACCGUCCAUCACCUCGCUGUGGAACCUCAUUGACCAGGCAGAAGCAUUCAGGGACUCCAGCAUGGAGCAGUUCUGCACCUCUUUGACUAAAGACAUCAACGACAUGCUCGACAAAGUGACAAAAACACAGCAAAAGACACAGGAUCCACAAAUCCUGGACAUCAAUGCAGACUCCUCUGAAGUGCGAAUGCUGCUGGCUGAAAUCCAGAUUUCCACGGAUGAGCUGCAGGCACAGGCAGCCACCUAUACCUCCUACCAGAAGAAGCUCAAGCUGGAGGUGACCAAGUUUGGCCCACUGGAGGCUUUGACUGCGGAGUUCAGGCUCAAGCAGCUGCUGUGGGACUCUCUGGACGAGUGGGACUCUUUGCUCAGUGGAUGGCAGCAGAGCACACUUGAACAACUGGACCUGGAGCAGUGCAACUCACAGGUCAACAAAUACAACAAGUACGUCAACCAGCUGGACAAAGGCCUGCCACAGAACAGUGUAGUGCCAAGUCUGAGGAACAAGGUUGAAGCCAUGAAGCAAAAACUCCCUGUGCUCACGGAUCUGCGGAACCCGUGCAUGAAACCAGAACACUGGAAGAGCCUGGAGUCAGUCAUGAACACCCAGCUGAACGUGGAGGAACUGACUGUCGCUGCGCUGGAGGAAUUCAAUGUCUUCUCAUUUGCCUCGGAGAUACAGGAGAUUUCUGGACAGGCUUCAGGAGAGGCAUCACUGGAGGCCAUUAUCGCAAAGGUGGAGGAGGUGUGGAGGACCACAGAGUUCAUGGUGCUGUCUCAUGGAGACUCCAGCGAAGUCUUCAUUCUGGGAGGCACAGAUGAUAUCCAGGUGCUCCUGGACGACAGCAUUAUAAAUGUCGGCACUGUGGCAUCUUCACGCUAUGUAGGUCCCAUCAAGCCGAAGGUGGACAAACUGCUGAGACGGCUGACCCUCUUUAACCAAACACUGGACGAGUGGCUCACAUGCCAGAGAAACUGGCUGUACCUGGAGAGUAUCUUCUUGGCCCCUGACAUCAAGAGGCAGCUGCCCGCAGAGUCCAAGAUGUUUCUUAAGGUGGACAGAUCCUGGAAGAAGAUCAUGGCGCAGGUCAAAAGACUGCCCAAUGCGCUCAGAAUUGCCACACAGCCCGAUCUGCUGGAAACUUUCCAGAACAACAACACCCUUUUGGAUGAGAUACAGAAGUGUCUGGAAGCUUAUCUGGAGUCCAAAAGAGUCGUGUUUCCAAGAUUUUACUUCUUAUCCAACGAUGAGCUGCUCAAGAUUUUGGCCCAGACACGAAACCCUCAGGCGGUGCAGCCUCACCUGCGGAAGUGUUUCGAUGCGAUCACACGGCUGGAGUUCGCUUUGCUCCCUGAAAAAUCGCCCGGCCACAUUGGGACGGUUGAUACUAAGCAACAGGAGAGCAUAUAUAGCAACGACAUCCUGAGCAUGAUUUCACCAGAGGGAGAGAAGGUCUGUUUGAGUAAAGGACUCAAAGCGCAGGGCAACGUGGAAGACUGGCUUUGCAGGUUGGAGGAGGCCAUGUUCUCCUCCCUGCAGCGCCUCAGCAAGGCUGCCAUCGUAGACUACCAGGAGAAGUCCCGGGAGGAGUGGGUGGUGGCUGGACACCCAUCACAGGUGGUACUGACCAUCUCGCAAAUGAUGUGGUGCAGAGACAUGGAGGCCUGCCUGGAGGGAGACCACGACCACUCUGCUGCCUUGCAGCAAUUUGAACAAAUCAACUUUGAUAGACUGAAUGCCUUGGCAGCACUGGUGCGAGGACAGCUGCCUGCUUUACACCGGAAUAUCAUCACAGCCCUCAUUACCAUUGAUGUUCAUGCCAGGGACAUUGUCUCUGAUCUGGUUCGGCAGAAGGUGGACAGCAGGUCCAGCUUUGAAUGGCAGAGACAGCUACGCUACUACUGGGACAUCAGCUUGGACAACUGUGUAGCCACGAUGGCUCUUUCCACCUACACUUAUGGCUAUGAAUAUCUGGGAGCCUGUCCCAGGCUGGUGAUCACUCCACUGACGGACCGAUGCUACCUGUGCCUGAUGGGAGCUCUCCAGCUGGACUUGGGUGGCGCUCCAGCCGGGCCAGCAGGAACCGGCAAAACAGAGACCACCAAGGACCUGGCCAAGGCCCUGGCCAUCCAGUGUGUGGUCUUCAACUGCUCUGAUGGCCUGGACUAUAAGAUGAUGGGCCGCUUCUUUAGCGGCCUGGCUCAGUCGGGUGCUUGGUGCUGCUUUGAUGAAUUUAACCGGAUUGACAUCGAAGUGCUGUCGGUCAUCGCUCAGCAGCUCAUAACCAUCCGAAACGCCAAAGCCGCUAAGCUGUCAAGGUUUCGAUUCGAAGGCCAAGAGAUCAAGCUGGUGAAGACAUGUGCUGCCUUCAUCACCAUGAACCCGGGCUACGCUGGAAGAACAGAACUCCCCGACAACCUCAAAGCUCUGUUUAGACCGAUCGCCAUGAUGGUGCCAAAUUAUGCACUCAUUGCCGAGGUGAUUUUAUAUUCGGAGGGAUUCGAGUCCAGUAAGACCCUCGCGAGGAAGAUGACCCAGAUGUACAAGCUGUGCUCGGAGCAGCUGUCCCAGCAGGACCACUAUGACUUUGGCAUGAGAGCCGUCAAAUCUGUCCUGGUCAUGGCAGGGUCACUGAAGAGAGACAAUCCCCACCUGAGUGAGGAAGUGGUGCUUAUCAGAGCUCUGAGAGAUUCCAAUCUGCCAAAGUUCCUUGCUGAUGAUGCUGUGCUGUUUGGCGGGAUCCUAUCAGACUUGUUCCCUGGUGUGUCCAUCCCUGAGCAUGACUACGGUAUGCUGCACUCCACCGUCCUGGAGUCUCUCAUCAAGCGAAGCCUUCAGCCUCUUCCCAGUAUGAUCAAAAAGGUGAUCCAGCUCUAUGAGACCAUGCUAGUUCGUCAUGGUGUUAUGUUGGUGGGGCCCACCGGUGGAGGUAAGACCACCGUGUACACCGUCCUGGCAGACACUCUGGAGACUCUCCAUCGCUCCGGACUCCAGGAUAGCAACCCGUUCUAUCAGCCCGUCAAGACCUAUGUGCUCAAUCCAAAAUCAGUCUCCAUGGGAGAGCUCUAUGGGGAGGUUAACACAUUAACGCUGGAGUGGCGAGAUGGACUGAUGGCGCUCAGUGUUCGCGAUGCAGUCAGUGACACCAGUAAUGACCACAAGUGGGUGAUCUGUGACGGGCCAGUCGACGCCUUGUGGAUUGAAAACAUGAACACUGUGCUGGAUGACAACAAAAUGCUCUGCUUGGCUAACAGCGAGAGAAUCAAGCUCACUCCAUCCAUACAUAUGGUGUUUGAGGUCCAGGAUUUGGCUGUGGCGUCUCCAGCUACAGUCAGCCGCUGUGGGAUGGUGUACAUUGAUCCUGAUGAGCUCAAGUGGUUGCCCUAUGUACAGACAUGGCUCAGUGAUCUCAGUGCCAAGCUUCCAGACCCGGUGCGCUCGUACCUGCUGGAGCUGUUUGAGCAGUAUGUGGAGGACGGCCUUCAGUUCGUCUCGAAGCACUGCGCUCAGGCAAUCCACCAGGUGGACGUCAGUAAAGUCGCCACUCUGUGCUCCCUGCUGGAGGCAUUGCUACUGGGCAAAGGAGGGCCGGACCUCAACACGGAUUCCAGGCACCUGAACAGUGUGCUGUGUCAGACCUUCAUCUUCUGUUACCUGUGGGCGGUGGGCGGAAACCUGACCUGUGCCCACUGGGACACUUUUGACACGUUCCUCAAAGAGCAGUUUAGAGACAACAACGAUGCCAAGCUCCUGGAGUCUGUCACCCUGUGGAGCGUCUACAUGAACUUUAGGCAGAAGUGUCUGCAGCCGUGGGAAACGAUCAUUCCUUCAUUUGAGUACAACCGGGAACAGCCCUUUUUCGAGAUGCUGGUUCCCACCACGGACACGGUGCGGUACGGCUACCUGAUGGAGAAUCUCCUGUCCGUGAGGCGUUCAGUGCUGUUCACUGGUGACACCGGAGUGGGGAAGUCUGUGGUUGCUCGGAGCCUUCUGAACAGGAUUCAGGAGAAUGCUGGUUACCUUCCAGUCUACAUUAACUUCUCUGCACAGACGUCUUCCGCCCGCACGCAGGAGAUCAUCGAGUCCAAACUGGAGAAAAGGAGAAAGAACAUUCUCGGCCCGCCUGGUAAUAAGAAGUUGGUGGUCUUUGUAGACGACCUGAACAUGCCGAAGCUGGAUGCUUACGGCUCUCAGCCUCCGAUAGAACUCCUCCGUCAGUUUCAGGACUUCUCUGGCUUCUAUGACAGAAGCAGAUUCUUCUGGAAGGAGAUCCAGGAAAUGACCAUUGCAGCUGCGUGCGCUCCUCCAGGAGGAGGACGCAACCCCGUAACGCCCCGAUUCAUUCGCCACUUCAGCAUGCUCUGCCUGCCAACGCCCUCAGAGCACAGCCUCAAACAGAUCUUCAGAGCCAUUCUGAACGGUUUCCUCGCUGAGUUUUCCCAGGAGGUGCAGAACUGUACUGCGAAGAUUGUGGAUGCAGCUGUGGAGAUUUACAACCGUUUGAGUGUGGAUCUGCUGCCCACUCCAGCUAAAUCCCACUACGUCUUCAAUUUACGGGAUCUCUCCAAGUGUGUCCAAGGUAUACUGCAGUGUGACUCCAGUCAGGUCCGGGACAAGACCCACAUCUUCCGCCUCUUCUGCCACGAAUGUCAGCGUGUUUUCCACGAUCGACUCAUCAACAGUCAGGAUAAGAUUUUUUUCAACACCAUUGUGUGUGAGAUGGCCGGUAAAUAUUUCGAUAUCACCUUACAACCUUCUUACUUCGUAACUCAGCCCAUAAUAUUUGGAGACUUCAUCAAGGUGGGUGCUGACAAAGAAGACCGUCUGUACGAGGAUCUGACAGACAUAAAUAAGAUCCAGGCUGUCCUCCAGGACUAUCUAGAUGAUUAUAACAUGACCUUCUCCAAGGAGACCAAGCUGGUUUUCUUCCAGGAUGCUGUCGAGCAUGUCUCCAGGAUCGCUCGUAUGAUUCGCCAAGAGAGGGGCAAUGCCUUGCUCGUAGGGGUGGGCGGCACGGGGAAGCAGUCCCUCACCCGGCUGGCGGCUCACAUGUGCGGGUACCGCUGCUUUGAGAUCGAGCUCAGUCGCGGCUACAACUACGACAGCUUCCACGAUGACCUGAGGAGGCUGUACAGGAUGGCAGGCGUGGAGGGGAAAGACAUGGUGUUCCUCUUCACCGACACGCAGAUUGUGGUGGAGGAGUUUCUGGAAGAUAUCAACAACAUGCUGAACUCUGGCGAGGUGCCCAACCUCUUUGAGAAAGACGAGCUGGAACAGGUUCUAGCAGACACUCGGCCCAAAGCCAAAGAGGCUGGAAUCAGUGAGGAGAACAGGGACGAGGUGUUCCAGUAUUUCAUCUCUCGGGUCCGAGAGAAGCUCCACAUAGUGCUGUGUAUGAGUCCUGUGGGCGACGCCUUCAGGUCUCGCUGUCGCAUGUUUCCUUCCCUGGUGAACUGCUGCACCAUCGACUGGUUUGUGCAGUGGCCUCGGGAGGCACUGCUCUCCGUCUCUCAGGCUUUUUUCCAGAGUGUGGACUUUGGCAGCGAGGAGCUGAAACAAAGCUUCUCGGCCAUGUGCGUGGAAAUCCACGUGAGCGUCACCGACAUGGCCGAGCGCUUCUACUCCGAGCUGAGGCGCCGAUACUACACCACGCCCACCUCCUACCUGGAGCUCAUCAAUCUCUACCUGGGCAUGCUGGACAACAAGAGGCACCAGUUAGUUUUGGCUCGAGAUCGUGUGAAGAACGGUCUGACCAAGCUGCUGGAGACCAACGAGCUGGUGGACAAAAUGAAAGUGGAUCUCUCUGCUCUUGAGCCAGUCCUCAAACAGAAAUCGAUGGAUGUGGAUGCCCUCAUGCAGAAACUGACUGUGGAUCAGGAGAAGGCUGAUGAGGUGCGUAACGUCGUGAAGGAAGACGAGGCUCUGGCCCAGGUGAAGGCUGACGACACCCAGGCCAUAGCGGACGAUGCGCAGAGAGAUCUGGACGAAGCCCUUCCCGCCCUGGAAGGGGCCAAUCAAGCCCUCAAUUCUCUCGACAAGGCCGACAUCUCAGAGAUCAAGGUGUUCACCAAACCGCCAGACCUCGUCAUGACUGUCAUGGAGGCUGUCUGCAUUCUGCUCAACUGCACACCAGACUGGCAAGGUGCCAAGCAAUUACUGGGAGACGCCAAUUUCCUCAGACGCCUGACAACCUACGACAAGGACAAUAUCAAACCUCAGAUCCUGCUGAAACUGCAGAAAUAUAUCAACAACCCUGAUUUUAUACCAGAGAAGGUGGAGAAGGUGUCCAAGGCCUGCAGGUCCAUGUGCAUGUGGGUCAGAGCCAUGGAUCUGUACUCCAGAGUCCUCAAAGAAGUCGGCCCCAAGAGAGCAAAACUGGCCAAAGCACAGGAGGAACUGGAUCUGACCAUGGAAACCCUGAGGGAGAAGCAGCAGAAGCUCCAGGAGGUGGAAAAGCAGAUCAUGGUCCUACAGGAGCAGUUCAACAGCAGCGUAAACGAGAAAGAAGAUUUGGUUAACACCAUGUCACUGACGGAAGCUCGACUCGCCCGGGCGGGAAAGCUGACGUCUGCUCUGGGUGACGAGCAGAUACGCUGGGAGGAGAGUGUGGCUCUGUUUGAGCAGGAGAUCACCAACGUCGUCGGGAAUGUUUUCAUUGCAGCUGCGUGUGUGGCCUACUACGGAGCGUUCACUUCCCACUACAGACAGCUGCUAAUUGACGGGUGGAUAAAACAGUGCCAGGACCUGAGCAUCCCCAUCAGUUCCAGCUUCAGUUUGAUUAAUAUUCUGGGUGAUCCGUACGUCAUCCGCCAGUGGAACACGGAGGGGCUGCCUCGGGACACAGUUUCCACAGAGAAUGGGAUCCUGGUGACGGAGGGGCGCCGCUGGCCUCUUAUGAUCGACCCGCAGGAUCAGGCAAACCGCUGGAUCCGCUCCAAAGAGGCCAAACAUGGACUUAAGGUGAUCAAGCUGACAGACCCAAACUUCCUCCGGACGCUGGAGAACGCCAUCCGCCUGGGCAUGCCCGUGCUUCUGGAAGAGUUGAAGGAGAGUCUGGAUCCAGCACUGGAGCCCAUCCUGCUCAAACAGACGUUUGUGGCUGGUGGACGGACACUGAUCCGACUCGGAGACUCAGAUAUCGACUACGACAAAAACUUCAGAUUCUACAUGACCACAAAAAUGGCCAACCCACAUUACCUGCCCGAGAUAUGCAUCAAAGUUACAAUCAUCAAUUUCACCGUGACCAAGUCUGGACUGGAGGACCAGCUGCUCAGUGAUGUGGUGCGCCUGGAGAGCCCACAUCUGGAGGAACAGAGGAAUGAGCUGAUCGUCAGCAUCAAUGCAGACCGCAGCCAGCUGAAAGACAUCGAAGAUCGCAUCCUGAAGCUUCUCUUCACCUCCGAGGGGAACAUACUCGACAACGAGGAACUAGUGACGACUCUCCAAGAGUCGAAGGUGACAUCUGAGACCAUAAAGCAUCGUCUGGAGGAGGCAGAGGCCACUGAGCUGAUGAUCAACUCUGCCAGAGAGCGCUACCGACCCGUGGCCACCCGAGGCUCUGUCUUGUACUUUGUCAUCGCCAGUCUCUCCGAGAUCGACCCCAUGUAUCAGUUCUCUCUCAAAUACUUCAAACAGCUUUUUAAUGCUACCAUUGAGACAGCCGAGCAGAGCAGCGUGUUAGAAGAGCGCCUCCAAAUCCUGCUGGACCAGAUCUUGCUCAACUCCUACAUCAACGUGUCCCGCGGCCUGUUUGAGCAGCACAAGCUCAUCUGCAGCUUCAUGCUGUGUGUGGAGAUCAUGAGGCAGCGCGGGGAGAUCUCUGAUGGCGAGUGGCAGCACUUCCUUCGAGGAGCCUCUUCUUUGGACAACGACUUCGCCGAGAGACCAGAUGUGCCUUGGCUAAGUGAUUUUUACUGGCAGACGUGUUGUGAGCUGGAGGAUGCGCUGCCCUGCUUCAAAGACAUCUCCAAGGAAAUCACCAGAACACAUAUCCAUAUCGAGCUUGGGCGUUUUCAAGCAUCUUUCAAUCCAGAAACCUGGGAAGGCUAUGUGUCCGACUUGCCUCCUCUCGGACCGUCCAAUGAGGAGGAAAAAGAAGUAAAAGGCGGCUGGAAUGAGAAGCUGGGAACUUUUCAGAAACUUGUCCUCAUCAAGAGCUUCAUGGAAGAGAAGGUGGUCUUCGCAGUGACCGAGUUUGUGAUUGUCAGCCUGGGGAAGCAGUUUGUGGAAAACCCUCCAGUCGACCUGGCAAACCUCUACAACGACAUGUCGCCUUCCACGCCGCUGGUGUUCAUCCUCAGCACAGGAUCUGACCCCAUGGGGGCCUUCCAGCGCUUUGCAAAUGAGAGAGGCUGCCUCGACAGGGUCGACUCCAUCUCUCUGGGUCAAGGCCAGGGGCCCAUAGCAGAGAAGAUGAUUCAUGCGGCACUUAAAAGUGGCAACUGGGUCUUUCUGCAAAACUGCCAUCUGGCUGUUUCCUGGAUGUUAGCCAUGGAGGAGCUCAUCAAAACCUUCACUGAACCUGACACGUCAAUCCACGAGGACUUCCGUUUGUUUCUCAGCUCCAUGCCGACCAGAGUGUUUCCUGUUACUGUUCUUCAGAACUCUGUCAAGGUGACAAACGAGCCUCCCAAAGGCCUGCGAGCAAACAUGCGACGAGCCUUCACAGAGAUCACCAGCAGCUUCUUUGAGGAGCACGCUCUGGGACGCCAGUGGGGGAAGAUCGUCUUCGGGAUCUGCUUUUUCCACGCGAUCGUUCAGGAGCGUAAAAAGUUUGGUCCGCUGGGCUGGAACAUCCGCUACGAGUUCAACGACAGUGACAGAGAGUGUGCCUUACUCAACCUCAACCUCUACUGCAAAGACGCCUCCAUCCCCUGGGACGCUCUGACAUACAUUACCGGUGAGAUCACGUACGGAGGCAGAGUGACAGACGUGUGGGACCAGCGCUGCCUCAGGACUGUGCUCAAAGGCUUCUUCUCCGCCGAAACCCUGCAGCCCGGCCACACGUACUCCUCCUCAGGUAUUUACUACGCCCCCGAGGAAGACGGUCUCGAGCAGUAUAGGAAGUACAUCGAGAGUCUUCCGAUCAUCGAUGAUCCUGAAAUCUUUGGCAUGCAUGAAAACGCCAACUUGGCUUUCCAGCGCCAAGAGACCAUGACUCUAAUAAACACCAUCCUGGACGUUAAUCCUCGAUCUUCAGCUCGUCACGGAGCAAAAAGUAACGAUGACAUAGUCUGUGAGCUGGCUGAGUCCGUCCUGUCCAAACUACCUGAGCGUCUCGAUAUGGACCAGGCAGCUGAAACGUUGUUUCUCCGAGACAAAAAUGGCCGCCUGGACUCCCUCACGACUGUUUUGGGCCAGGAGGCAGACAGAUUCAACAACCUGCUGAGGGUUCUCAGGACGUCUCUCGUGACUCUGCAGAAGGCAAUCGCAGGUUUGGUUGUCAUGUCGGAGGAAAUGGACCGAAUCUACACGAGCUUCCUCAACAACCAGGUUCCCACUCACUGGGCCAACUCCGCCUACCCCUCCCUCAAACCGCUGGCGUCCUGGGUCCGAGACCUGGCCCUGCGCACAGCCUUCAUCCAGACUUGGAUCACGCGAGGUCAGCCCAAAUCUUUCUGGAUCUCAGGGUUCUUCUUCCCCCAAGGCUUUCUCACUGGAGUGCUGCAGAAUCACGCCCGGCAUUACAACCUGCCUAUCGACGAGCUCAGCUUUGCCUUCAACGUGUUGCCGACGUAUCGAGACGAGGCCGCCGUGUGUGAGGCCGUCCGCGCUCUGGACAGCACUGCAAAACUCCACAUGGACGAUCAGUUACCAGAGCCGGAGGACGGCGUGCUCGUGCACGGCAUGUUCAUGGACGCAGCCCGCUGGGACGACGACAGCAUGGCGAUCGAAGACGCGUUGCCCAGAGUGAUGAACGCCGCGCUGCCGGUGGUGCACUUUGAGCCCAGGCAGAACUACGAGCCCGAACCUGACCUCUACCAAGCCCCACUGUACAAGACCUCAGCCAGAGCAGGGACGCUGUCCACCACAGGUCACUCCACUAAUUUUGUAGUGACGGUCUUGCUUCCCUCCAAGCGGCCCAGUGACUACUGGAUAUCCAAAGCGUCUGCACUCCUUUGCCAGCUGGACGAUUAAGUUCCCUCUGAUCAAACUGAAUAUUAAACUCCAGAAAU